GAUUUGACUUAAUCUACACCUAAACUAACUCUAGAGUGAUCCUAAACCAGUGAACAGCAGCUUUUGUUGUAUCCCCAGAGAUAGCACUCAAACACAGACACGCGCACACACAUACACACAGGGAGAACAGUAGUUUCACCUUUCUUUCUGCUGGUGUCACUGUAAAUGUGCAGGGUGGACUUGACAGCCUGUUUCUUUCUUUCUAGAGGUAAGAGUGUGUCCGAUCUGAAGCCAUGGCUCUGCUAAUGGAGCACCAGUUCAGGCAGCUGCCAGCUGACAGACAGGUGGAGACAAGACCCUUUCUGGAGGCUGUGUCAUACCUUCCACCUUUUUUUGACUGCCUCGGUUCCACUAUUUUUUCACCAAUUAAAGCUGACAUAACGGGGAACAUCACAAAAAUUAAGGCAGUCUAUGACACCAACCCAGGACGGUUCAAGACCCUACAGCAGAUGGUGGAGGCGGAGAAGGAGAUGUACGGAGCAGAGUGGCCCAGAGUUGGAGCAACAUUGGCUCUCAUGUGGCUGAAAAGGGGUCUACGAUUUAUCCAAGUCUUCCUUCAGAGCCUUGUGGACGGUGAAAAGGACGACAAUAACCCAAACCUCAUUCAAGCCAAUGUCACCAAAGCCUAUGAAAUAGCUCUGAGAAGAUAUCACAGCUGGUUUGUGCAACAGCUUUUCAAGGCAGCUCUUUAUGCUGCUCCAUACAAGUCUGAUUUCCUGAGGGCCCUCUCCAAAGGUCGGGAUGUCAAGGAAGAGGAAUGCAUGGAGAAAAUCAAAAAAUUUCUUGUCAACUUCUCUGCAACUGUUGAUACUAUUUAUGAGAUGUACAAUAAGAUGAAUGCCGACCUUGACUACAAAGUCUGACUGCUGGCUGUCCCACUUUCCCUCACCUCUCCUCCAAACAAACACUCUACAUUCGACUCUUGUACAAACAGACCUGGCUCAUUUACAACCAUCUGACAGUUAACUGUAAGUGUGUUUGUCAUAACUCACUCACAGGGUGCUUUUAACAUGUUUGGUGAGUCCUUUAUUCGACUUUUAUGCGCUGCUGUCUGAGACCUUUUCUGGGCAUCAUAUUUUUGUCCUGUUCAAGAUGUUGUUAGAUCAUGAGUAUAAAUAAAAUAUCAGCACCUUAGCUGCACUCCCUUACAGCUCAGCCUUCUGAACAUUGAGUCAGUGCCAUUGUCUUCAAACUGCACAUCAUAGCACAUCUCACUACCAUCCCAUAAAUAUUUUCUUCUA